CUGCAGUCCCCCCCAGUUACAUGUCCUCCUCACCCACCCUGUGACUGUGUUUAUUGCGCUCGCUCUUCCAUCUUCCUCAACCCGCCCAGCAGCUCAAACAAGGCGUACGGAAUCUUUCCCGAGUCGACCUAUCAGCCUCCAGUCACCACCCAAUCCAACCCUUCGACACUCGUUCUUUACCGCUCAAGUCCUCGCUUCUUCGUCUACCGCCACGUGCCCCUUGACGAUUACGUCGUUCAUCUCCAAGUCCGGAAUCGUAGGACCUCGUCAAACUUCGUCCCUCAUAAGCCUCUACAAUCAUGGCAGCCAGCAAGGCCGCGCAGAAAAGGUUGACGCGCGAGUACAAGACCAUCGCCGAGAACCCUCCACCAUACAUCGAAGCCCAUCCCUCCGAUUCCAAUAUCCUUGAGUGGCACUACAUCAUCACUGGCCCCGAGAACACGCCGUACCAUGGCGGGCAAUAUUGGGGCACCCUCGUUUUCCCUCCCAACUACCCCUUCGCGCCCCCAGCCAUCCGAAUGCACACCCCAUCGGGCCGCUUCCAGCCAUCGACCCGAUUAUGUCUCUCCAUCUCCGACUUCCAUCCGAAAUCCUUCAACCCUGCCUGGGAGGUCUCAACCAUCCUGAUAGGUCUGCUUUCUUUCAUGACGAGCGAAGAGAUGACUACCGGUUCUGUCUCGAGCACCGAAGCGGAGCGCAAGAUGCUGGCGGCACGGACACGGUGGUGGAACUCGACCGGCGGCGGCUCCCACGCCAAGUCGAACCCGGCGCAAAAGGGCAACGUCAAGGCCGGCGAUGGCGGCGCCAAGUUCCGCUCCGAAUGGCCCGAUGUCGACAAGGCUAACUGGGAAUGGAUGAAGGAGCACAAGAUCGACAUGGCAACAGGGAACAAGAUUGGCGGCGCGGCAGGGGCCUCAUGCGGGCCCCAGCUUGGUAUCGCGAACGGCAGCGGUCACCAGGCCCAGGCCGUCGUCGAUGCCGUCGUCCAGCAGCGGGACGCCGGCCGGGGGUGGCUGAACCAGAACAAGCUCCUCGUCGCCGGCGGUGUCAUCUUCUUCUAUGUCCUGCUUGCGAGAGUUUUGGGUACCAGUGAGUGAUCUGGAGUAAGAGUAGACGCGGAUUGGGGUCUCGGCCAGCCAUGGCCGCGGAUGGCUGUCAGAGGAGGCGGAUAAUACUGUGCGCAUGGGAUGACACGGCUGAGCAUGGCGUUUUUGGGCUUUCCGUCAACGGCAACGGACCAGAGUGAAACAAAUGAGUCUUGACUAAUAGUUUUAGAGGACUGAGACGGCCGAUCGGGUUAUGGCAAAACUCGCAUGAACGAAUGUACUUUAGAUCAACAAACGGAUCGGCUUUUGGAAACGACAUUUGGAACCAGUUUCUGACCACUAUUCUCUGUUAAAGUUCGUGCCGCGACUGACUUCAGCCAAGGACCCAGCU